UAAACAAAACCCAAAAAAAUAGUUUCCUUAGCAACUUCUAACAGUAUCUUGUCAUGCUUUUGUGAUAAAAAUCAUUUUUCGCGUAGUAAAAACUCAAGGUUAACAUUAACAAUGGACCCUCUUAACACUGAUGCAGGCGUUCAAGCUAAUAUUCCUGAACCAGAGCAUGAAGAGGCGGCUUUGAAAAUUAGACCUUUAGAGAGGAUAAAACUUCAUCCGAAAGCCCCUGUUGAGGAGAGUAGUUAUGGCAAGGGAAAGAGUUUUAGCCGACCAUGGAUCCUACAAGAUGGACGCGAAGCUCCCGAUAAAGGGAGUGAAAUGCGUCGCAGCUAUCAAAUCCCUAAAAAACCUCAUCGCGGGGAAGGUGUUCGAAAGAGAAUGCUGACUGAUUUCUUUUGGGAACAAAUGCUGGACGAAGUCAUCGAUGAGUUGGCUACGACUCAACCAGUUUCCGAAUAUUGUUCGGAAUAUGACGCUAAUUAUAUCAAGGAUAACUUUGAACCUCGCAAUUUGGAAAUCACUGCUGAUAGAAAUAUGCAUCUCAAAUAUCCUUUGUACGGCACCGGAUCAAGUGCUAUCACUUUUUACAGCGAGACCAUAAAGAAAGUUGGUCCAGGUGAGAUUUUAGAGAAGUUCCGAAGAUGCCAAUACUUUACUCGCCCAAUGGAAGAACGAUUGGAUGAUGGCUGGGUUUUGUAGCUUUAUUUUACUUAGCUACCGAGCAUUUUCAACUUUAUUAGUUAAAUUAUGUCGUAUUUAAUAAAUUGCUUUAAAAAAUAUAA